AUGUCCUCUUCCCAACAACCACAACAACCGCAACAACAACAACAACCCCCAUCCCCCUCCCACUCGCAACGCACAGCCGAAGCCCGCGCGGCCUUCACAGCCUCCCUACACUCCGUCGGCGCCAACCUCGACGCCGAGCUCCGCGCGCGCGCCGCCAACCUGCACGAGAACGCGGCCGCGCUGGCAAAACAGGAGGCAGAGGUGCAGCGGGCGACGGCGGAGCUGGCGCGGCAGAACGACCAGUGGAGCAAGAUCGCGGACCAGGCGCGCAAGGGGCUCAAGGAGAUUGGCGACGUACAGAAUUGGGCGGAGCUGAUUGAGAGGGAUUUGUUGGUUGUGGAGGAGACGUUGAGGUUGGUUGAGGAGAAAGAUAACAACAAGGAUAAGCGUGAUGAUGAUGGUGAUGAUGGUGAUAAUGGUCACGGCAGUAAUAGUGAAGGAGGAGAAGGAAGAGGGGAGGAUGAACUAGCUAAUGGAGCGAAUGUUGUUGAUGAUGAUGACUCGGGGAAGAAACAGCAACAGCAGCAACAGCAGCGGCGGUGGAGUUUGUGGAGUCGAUGGUGGUAG